CGAUCAUCUCAGCCUCUGCGCUCUCGAAACUCAAUCAGAGUAGGCGGCAGUACGCGCGCUCCACAGCAGAUGAACUGAGAGCACAAGACCAGCCGUGAUGCUCAGCCUGCAGCUGUGUGCGCUGGAGGAGAGCUGAGGAGCUGUGAUCAUGCCGGAGAAGAGCGCACAGUAGAAGUCUUCUCACUGAGGAUGGCAGGGAUGCUGCGCGCCGCAUCACUCUCUCUGGCUCUGUGAAACAGCGCACGGUGCCCUGGACGAGCCGUACAGCAGGACCUGUGUGUGUGUGUGUGUGUGUGUGUCUGCAGCUCAGUGGAAUGUUUUCAGAUCUCCCCAAGGUGCUGAUACUGGGGGCCAUCGCCGCCGCCUCUGCCUUUGUGGUCACCAUCCUUAUCGUCUUGGUGUGUGUGGGGUGUCAGAGAAAAAGCAAGAGCAAACAUGGCCACACCAAUGGAGGGGCUCAGAAAAAGGAAACAGCUGCUCUGCGCCAGUCCAAGCUGAACUCCAUGAGUAAAUCUGACACCCGCCUGCAUGACAUGCACAGGCUGCCCUGCAAUGCAAACGGUGCCCCUAAGAGCCGGCCGGCCAGCAUGGACCUUCUGCUCCUGCAUACCCGCCGCUCCACUCCUGACCUCCGUCCCAGCCCAGGCCGCCAGCUGCCUCGUGCUCCCAACAAAAAUGAGAAUGAGGAACGUGAGCACACCUACUCUGAAGUUUGCCGCCGCUCCUCUCCCACAUCCCUCCCGCCAGAUGACGGCCUGUAUGAGAGUGUUGGGAUCAAAGGGGCGGGGCCUGAUAAAGCUGCCCCACCUCCUGCCCCGAUGUCAACCAACACGCCCACUCAGCGCCGUGCCCACAGCCCGACGCUUAAUGGGAACGGCCGAGGUGGAAGCAGAGGGGUUGUGAACGGCGUGAGUCAAGACGAAGUGACGGCAGAGUACGCCUCCAUACGGAAGGUGAAGAAGCUGGAGCGCGGCAGGAGGGAGGAAGUGGUGGAGGAUGGAGAAAGGGAGCACCAGAGCAUGUCCAGCAGCGAGUCCUCCAGCAGCACCUUGCCUAGGAAAACAGUGGAACCAUUUCACCUACCCAAUUUCCCAAAGGAGGCGGUCUUCAUGGGUAACGGAGAGCAGUACAUUUGGAAACCACCAGAAGAGGAAGAGAUGAUCAUGCCAGUGGUCCCUCAGCUGGAGAACGGACACAGCCAUCCCACCGCCGUGGAGAUCUCUGACAUGUACUCUACCGUUUGUAAGACCCUGAAGAGGAAACACCAGCAGGGUCAAAGCCAGGAGGAUAGCAGGCCGACGGCCUCUGCUGCGUCCCAAGAGGUGGACCGGGGCACCACGGGCUGGCCUGCCGCCGGUGCUACAGGGGAAGAGUCAUGGGGGAGGUGUGGCCCCCAAGAGGAGCCCUGCUACGAACCUGUGGGUGAGAAGACGUGGCCCCGGGGCCUGGCGCAAGAGUCAGACCCAGCCUACGCCACCAUCGAUUCCCACCGGAAACGGGAGAAGCUGGCCAGCAACACGCUGAAGCCCAAAAAGAAACCCGCACAGGGUCCGGGCAGAGCCAUGACCUGCGAGAACUUUUACGAGACUAUCGGCGACGUGAAGCAGGGAGCAAACGCAGCGAGCACCACCACUAUCUUUACCUUUAAUGACGGCAUGGAAAUGUACGUUACGGGGCUAUAAAAAGCUUGACUUGAACCGACAAAUUAAACACCUACAGACUACAGACAAAAACUAACUGCAGCCCUCUGGUUCUGACAAAUGAAAAGAUACACAGCCUACAGCUGCCAAACACACGGCAACCUACAUAACCACACAACCAAUGUAUAUUUAGUCUUACCAUAGGAGUGCACAAUCAGUUGCAACACUCAUGCAGACAAAAUAAAACUGAAUUGGCUGAACCAAGCCUGCAGCCGGGCUGUGUUUAGCUGACAGGAAUGCUCACCAAAUCCAGGGAUCUAAACUGAUUUGGCCAUCAUGCUACACUUGCUACAGUAGUUUACUGCAGGGUUAAAAUCAAUAUGACUUUAAGACUCACUGUAGCACAGGGAAGUUUGGACCUGAUUAUAUACAGUAC